CGUACGUUUUCAUGCACUUUCUCUAUCUGCCCACUUUCUUUCGGUUUUCCAUUUGAUUUGAUCUUAUCUGUGUUUUUUAAAUUAAUUUUCAACCUAAAUAUAAUCAACUCCAUUCCCUUUCUGUCUUUCAUGGGCACUGGUCAAAUUCUUUAAUUGUUAGAUUGAUUUGAAGUGGAUUCAUUUUGAAGUUGGAAGUAAAAAGUAUAGCUUGAAGUGGGAUCACAUGGACUACAUUCUAAUUGAUUGAUUUGAAGUGGGCUAAUUUUGAAUUUGAAAGUUGAAUUAUAAUUUGGAGUUGUAUGAUGAAUUAACUUUAGAGUGUUUGAAGUUUUUAGAUUAAGCUUGUUGAUUGGUUAUUAUUUGAAUUUUGGGUGUUUUGAGGUUUUAGGAUUGAUUGUAUUGAAUAAUUAUGAUUGGGGGGAAGAAUAUGGGAAGAACUUCUCCAAUACUAUUAUUACUUUUGGCUCUUGGGUUUUUCUUUGCAACAUAUAAUUUGAUAACAAUGGUAAUCCACAAUAGAAGAUUAAGUUCAUGGGCUCCGAGUAACCAAGAUAAUUCUAUUUUGAUCGAUCCUAUAACUGAAAUACCUGAGCAAUUGAAGAGACCAAAAGGAGGUAAAGAGCCUUUCCAUGUUGCUUUGACUGCAACAGAUGCCCCGUAUAGUAAAUGGCAAUGUCGAAUCAUGUAUUAUUGGUACAAGAAGCAGAAGAGUUUGCCUGGUUCCGAUUUUGGUGGGUUUACUAGAAUUCUGCAUUCUGGGAGGACUGAUGACUUGAUGGAAGAGAUCCCAACUUUUGUUGUUGAUCCUCUUCCUUCUGGCUUGGACCGGGGUUAUAUUGUGUUAAAUAGACCGUGGGCUUUUGUUCAGUGGCUUGUAAAGGCUCCAAUUGAGGAAGACUAUGUAUUGAUGGCGGAACCUGAUCAUAUAUUUUUAAGACCUUUGCCUAAUUUAGCUAUUGGAGGACUUCCAGCUGCUUACCCGUUUUUCUAUAUUAAGCCUGCUGAGCGUGAAAAUAUUGUCAGGAAGUUUUAUCCUGCGGAAAAUGGCCCAAUCACAAAUGUUGAUCCAAUCGGGAAUUCUCCCGUAAUAAUUAAAAAGGAAUUACUUGCAGAUAUUGCACCUACAUGGAUGAACGUGUCGUUGAAAAUGAAAGAGGACCCUGAGACUGAUAAAGCUUUUGGAUGGGUACUAGAAAUGUAUGCAUAUGCUAUUGCAUCUGCUUUACACGGGGUAAAGCAUAUUCUUCGAAAUGACUUCAUGCUCCAGCCACCAUGGGAUCUUUCAACUAAAGACAAGUUUAUUCUUCACUACACUUAUGGAUGUGAUUACAACAUGAAGGGUGAGCUCACAUACGGGAAAAUUGGUGAGUGGAGAUUUGAUAAGAGGUCAUAUUUGCGUGGACCACCACCUAAAAAUCAUACUCUGCCUCCUCCAGGAGUUCCUGAAAGUGUGGUCACUCUCGUUACCAUGGUGAAUGAAGCUACCGCCAACAUUCCAAACUGGGACAAGCACUAGGAACAUUGCAGCGUCAACUGAUGAACACAGAAACUUUAUACGUGCUAAGCGACAAAUCUUACAGUUUACCUGCUAACACAGAAACAUAGGUCUUCAGGUGAAUAUUUCUGACCUCGACAGCAUUUUACCUCAACCACAAAGUAAGAUUCACGUUCAGGGCUGGCUAAAGGGAGGAUUCUGCUUGUAGGAGAUGCAAAUAUAUACAAUACAACUUCUUUUUAUUGCUUGUGAAUACGAGGCUGGAUGUUCCCACAACGAAUAUUUUGUGGUGUUAUGUGACGAACAAUUGAAUUGGAGCAUUUAUGAUAGUAUCUUAUAGUAAGUUAUUGAAUUUCGGUGAUUGAUUACGAGUAUACUGUGUUUAGUUCUCUAGAGUUCAGUCUUAUAGUAAAGUUGUCUUCAAGGUUGAGUUUUCUUAUGUAGAUGGCUUAAUUAGAUGAUGAAAAGAUCUAAGAUUUGGAUAUAGUACCAAAUUUAUCCCACUAUCGGGUUUACAUUGUUGAAUCGCGAAGAUUAGUAUGUGCUCCAAUAGUUGGAAGAGAGUAAAAUUUGAGAGUUAGUCCGAGUGUUUUUUUUACGCAUCUUUUAAGUAGGGAUAGUGUUUUUGGGCUGAGGUGGGUGUGUGGGCAUACAAGGUUGAAUGCUUCACUCAUUCUCGUCAAAACUUAACAAGUAAAUCAUUUGAGUCACCCCUCUCUUUAUAUUUUGUAGGAUUUUUAUUAUCAAGCAAAUUUAUAAAUGAGUAAAGAAUGGAGAAAAAAAAAAAGGCCUAAUAUAAUUAUGUAAGGAUGGCCUACCAUUGUAGAAAAAUAGCAAAAAAUGGAAGCUAAAGGUAAGAAGGAAUGAGUAAUGAGGUAAUGAUAAGGAGGACAUGAUGUCUCUAAUGGUGGAAGGGACCAAAGCUACAUAACAUUUUCCUUUCUAAACAUGCUUCUGCCGACAGCCAUGCUCAUCGAAAUGU